AAGGCGUGGUCGGCAUGUCGCGGCCGCCCGGCGCCGUCCCGCCCCCACACCCCUCUGGGGGCGGGGCCUCGGGGGUGGGGCCCAGCCAGGGGGCGGGGCCUCCCCCGGGUUACCUGGGCAACCAGCAGCAGGCCAUGAUGAAGCAGAUGAUGGCGCUGGAGCAGGAGAAGAGGGUGCAGCUCCACCUGAUGGAGCAGCAGAAACAGCAGCUGCUCCGGGAGCAGAGGCACCAGCAGCAGCAGCAGCUCCUGGCUGAACAGCUCCAGCAGCAGCAGCAUCUUCCCAGACAGAUGGGUCAAGGCCAGAGGAAUCCCUACCCACAGGUCAACCAGUACCAGGGUACCCCCCAGGAGAUGGCAGCCCACUCCCAGGCACUCCAGAAUAUCCGUGCGGCCCGUCUCCUCCAGCAGCAGAACCAGCAGGCCCAGAUGGUCCAGAUGGGCUCUGUCCAGAACCAGGGCUCCAUGCAGGGGGGCCCGGGGGGCUCGGUGGGGUCUCAGUCCGACAUGGGACUCCCGUACGGGGGCCAGGGGGCUGGCCAGCAGUCCCUCUACGGCCUCAACCCCUCCAUGAGCCAGAUGAUGCAGCAGCAACAACAGCAGCACCAGAGCCAAAGCGUCCAGGGCCCCAUGGGGCUCCCCCCCCAGCACAACCCGGCUGGGCAGCCCCAAAGGCAGGGGCCGGUGGGGCCCGGUGUGGGGGUCGGGGGCAUGGGAGGAGGAUAUGGCAGCCAAGGGAUGAUGAUGAACUCCAUGUCCCAACAGCCCCUCAAAGGGCCACCCAACACCAAGGCCCAGGCCCAGAGGCUGCAGAGCAUGAUGGGAGGCGGAGGGGGUGGAGGGGUGCAGGCAGGGGGGAUGGGAGGCUGGCCACAGCAACAGGGGCAGAACAUGCAGUCUAUGGGUGGCGGAGUGGCCGGCAGAGGCAGGACUACAGGAGACAUGGUGGGAUUUAGCUCCUCCCAGGGCUACGGGCUGCAGCCGGGACAGCAACCGCGUAUGGCUAAGCAGCACUUCCCCCAGGGCAUGGGCCAGCCCAUGGACCCCAGGGUGGGGAACCCUGCAGCAGGCAUGGCCGGGCCCAUGAUGGCCGCUCACAUGGGCGGCCAGUCAAGGACCAACCAGCCCAGACCCAUGGUGAUGAGCCAGGGGGUGAUGGGCCAGAGCGUGCCCGGCAUGGGGACCUUCGGACAGGGGCCCGGGGGCCCGGCAAUGGGGGGUGGAGGUGGAGGAGGGCCCUAUGGCCAGGGAGGUGGGGUUGGGGGUCAGCCGCAAGGCUACCAGCGGACGUCUAGCCAGGACAUGUCCUCAUAUGGCUAUGGGGGCGGGCAGGCUCCCUCGGGCGGGGGCUUCGGAUUGGCCGAUGGCACGGGAGCGGAGCUGGACUCGAGCGAUGGUUGGAUGGAGGAGUUUUUUCCCAGCCAAUAGCCAACGGUGAAACAUUGAGUUUUUACUAGACGGACUACAAGAAAAUGGGAGGGGAGAACUUUAACUGGGAAAUAGAGAUGAAAUUAAAGGAGUUGGGACAAGCAACAUGUUUUGUUUUGAAAAACAUGAAAAAGCUUAGAUGAGUUCCUUGUCUUGUAUUAUGUGUGUGUGUGUGUGUGCGCGCGCGUUUGCAAGCAAAUCUGUGUGUAUUAUCAUGAUAUUUAAAGCGCCUCUCAAUGAAUGUGGUUUUGUGGUAAUAGAUAUCACACACAGAUUGAGAAGUGAAUUUGUAUCUGUUUUUUAUUUUAAUUUUAUUUAGUUUUUACAUGAGAUGACUAUCCUUUUUUCCAAUGCCCCAAACCAACCCCUUUUAGAAGUGUAUCCUCAUUGGGCCAAACUCAAGUUCUCUGGUAGAUUUGGGGGUUUUGGUGGCUAGGUUGAGUCUGUGGUGCUGUCUAACUCCAUGUUGUCAUUUUAUGUGUGGGGGGGGGUAUAUUGUGUAAUGAUCAUAGCAUUUAUACAUAUGCCAUUCUCUUUGACAGGCCAGACAGACAUAAACACACAUACACCCACACAUACUCAGAGAGACACAGAAAAGCCAUUCUCAUCUUCCUACUCGGGGCUUCAGUGCUAUCAACUAACAGAAAAAGAGAGGCAACAGAAGCAUCUGUCAUAACCUGGUAGAGAUUCAUGCACUCCAUUCUCCCUCCCUCCCUCCCUCUCUCCUCUUCCUCCCUCUCUCUUGAGAGUUGUGCUUUUUGUCUGCGUUCAGCCUGCUGUUUAUACUGUGAACAUCACAACAAAACAAACGGUGUUUCUCUUUUGUGCGCUGCGCAGACGCACGGGGCCCCCCUACCACUGUUGCUAGGCAACCAGCCUGAGCCGACGAGCCAGGGCUUCAUUUCCUGUUCGCUGUAGCUGUGUGUGUAUGUGAGCACGUCUGUGUGUGUGGAAGAGAGAGAGAACUGAGAGAACUGGCAGCUAGCGCGCACACAUACUCUCUGUCACACACACACACACCACUCCCCAAUGGCCAAGGAGAAUGGAGGGAAAGGAACUAUCAGUCAGAGAGAGAUGCAACUUAGGGAGCUCCAUCACACCUAAUAAUCACCGUCUGUCUCUCAAUCUCUCUUAUGAAAUCUAUAUAAAUGUAGUUCAACUAGAAGACAAGUAGGAAAGGAUAGCUAGGCAUUGAAUGUAUAUCAAGCACCGCAAGUGACUUCAUUUGAAAUGGACAAAAAAAAAAAAAAAAAAAAAACCUUGUCAGCCAUCUUGGAGUGCCCACACUCGUUAUUUGACGUUUUUUUGUCACAUGCUUUUUGUGUCAGCUAGAAAACAUUAGAUCUGUUCAACAACAACAAAAAAAGGAUAGUCUCACUGUUCAAUGUGUCUCUCUGUCCAUCUGAAGGUUCUCGGACCUGAAGGCUGUCGUCGCUCUGUUUUCGCCGUUUGUUCUGUCGUUCAGAUGUAUGUGAAACAUGAAUAGCGGUCCUAGUACUGUGAAGAGAGGCUGAGAUCACUCUGACCGAGGCCUCACCACGGCGUAACCUAACCACUGUUCUCCAUAAUGUGUGACCUCUGCUUUGAUUUCUAUUUAUAUACUUUUAUAAAGAGCUGAGACAAAAGGAGAUUAGAAAGGGUUGUGGUGUCUGGCAUCUACCCAUGCUUUCAGUAAUUCAUUGCCUACACAUAAUCCGCCUUUGCCUGAAACCUAAGAGGUGAAACUAGGGGUAGAGAGAAAUUUUGUACCAGGCUUUUUUAGGCCUCAAAGCUAGGAGAAGUGUGAUUUAGGAACACUAGUGCUUGAACGCCCUCUCCCUAGUGACUUAACUGUGUCAGAGGAUGAUGCACGCAUAGCUUCCAAAUGCUUCAUAAUUUGAUACUGCGAGAUAAAGUGUUGAUUUCCUCUUCUGUACCAACCGACAUACAACAUUCAACGAGGACUGAAUGCAAAAUGUCACAACAUUUACAUUUACAUUUAGUCAUUUAGCAGACGCUCUUAUCCAGAGCGACUUACAGUAAGUACAGGGACAUUCCCCAGAGGCAAGUAGGGUGAAGUGCCUUGCCCAAGGACACAACGUCAGUUGGCAUGACCGGGAAUCGAACUGGCAACCUUCGGAUUACUAGCCCGAUUCCCUCACCGCUCAGCCACCUGACUCCCACAACAAACUUAAUCAAAUCCCUUUCCUCUCUCGCUCUUUCUAUCUUUCUAUGGCCAAUCUAUUGUCCAUGUCCAUGCCAUAGUGUUAAUACUGUUUCCCAGAACCCUUUCAGUACAUUUGUAGGUGAAAGACCUUUUUGCCAGUCACAGGGAAGGUUGGUAACACCCAUACAGUCACCUUUAUAUUUUUGUCUGCUUAUGUUUCGGGGGGAUGUAGCCCGUUUGGUGCUUGUGUGGUGUUGGAAGGAAGAGUGUAGCGUUUGGCACAGAAGUUGCCCCCAAGUGUCUGGAGAUCAAGAGUCAGUUUACCUUUCCUGCGAACCCUAACUAUAAGAGUUAGGAGGUGUGUAAAUCAGACUUCAGACCAGCGACCAGGAGUAGCUAGCUCAUUCAAUGUGUUACUUCCUGCUCCUUUAGGCCUGCUGUUUCAGGUGGGGGAAACAGUGUUAAUGGACACAGGAGCCCCAGUUGGUGAUCAUUAGUCCUUUUUCAAUAUGAAGGACACCCCCCCCCCCCCACGCAUACAAAA